GAAAUUUCCACGAUAAUGAUAACAAUCAUAAGGAUUCGUGCAGCUGCUGUAGCAUGGGAAGCAGGAAAGCCAUUGCAGAUUGAGGAAGUGGAAGUGGCUCCGCCGCAGAAGGAUGAAGUUCGUCUCAAGAUUGUUGUCACCUCUCUCUGUCACACUGACAUCUACUUCUGGGAGGCCAAGGGACAAACACCACUGUUUCCUCGAAUUUUCGGCCAUGAAGCUGCAGGAAUUGUUGAGAGUGUUGGAGAAGGCGUGACCGAACUCCAACCAGGUGACCACGUUCUUCCUGUGUUCACUGGUGAAUGUGGAGAAUGCCGUCAUUGCAAGUCUGAGGAAAGCAACAUGUGUGACCUCCUGAGGAUCAACACGGACAGGGGGGUUAUGAUUAAUGAUGGCAAGUCGAGAUUUUCCAUUAACGGAAAGCCAAUUCACCACUUUCUUGGCACCUCCACGUUUAGCGAAUACACUGUGGUUCACUAUGGCUGCGUUGCUAAGAUCAAUCCUAAUGCCCCUUUAGACAAGGUUUGCAUUUUCAGCUGUGGCCUAUGCACUGGAUUUGGGGCCAUGGUUAAUGUUGCAAAACCUACAAAGGGUUCUACAGUUGCUAUAUUUGGACUGGGAGCUGUAGGCCUUGCGGCUGCUGAAGGUGCACGAGUAUCAGGGGCUUCGAGGAUUAUUGGAAUUGAUCUGAAUGCGGAUAGGUUCGAGGCAGCUAAGAAAUUUGGUUGUACCGAAUUUCUGAAUCCAAAAGACCAUAGCAAGCCUAUUCAAGAGGUUAUUGCUGAAAUGACAGAUGGGGGAGUGGAUCGCAGCGUCGAAUGUACUGGAAAUGUUACCGCAAUGAUAUCUGCAUUUGAAUGCGUCCAUGAUGGAUGGGGAGUCGCUGUUUUAGUAGGUGUGCCCAAUAAGGACGAUAUGAUCAAAACCAGCCCCGUCAACUUUCUGAAUGAGAGGACACUAAAGGGUACCUUCUAUGGCAACUACAAACCGCGUUCUGAUCUUCCUAAACUCGUCGAACAAUAUAUGAACGGGGAAAUAGAGGCGGACAAGUUUAUUACACACGAUGUCCCGUUUUCAGAAAUCAACAAGGCGUUUGAAUACAUGAUGCGUGGCGAGGGCCUGCGGUGCAUAAUCCGCAUGUAGGUGCGUUGUUUUGUAUGAACCUA